GACAUAGCAUGGCCAGUGAAACAGGCAUCAGCUCUCAGUUUACUUGAUUUGACAUCGGAAAAGAAAGCUACCAGACAUAGCUUUCCCUUCUCUCUCUAACUCUUCUUCUUCCCUACCCCUCAAGAUCUCAGUGCUUGACAUGAAGUCGGUGAAAUAAUUCAUCCAGCCACCAACUCCAUUCCUCCUGCUUUAGAGCUGGGGCUUGUGUUUCUCUUGCUUCCUCUGUGUCUUUCACCGGAUGGAGGAACUCUCUCACUUGGGCGGUGACUUUCUCUCGUCGACCAUCACCACCACCGCCACCGCCACAUCAGCUCCUCUGCGGCCGAAUGCCGCCGUAUAUGGGCGGAAUUGUUACCCAACCAGUGCCACGUUACCCUACCUUGAACCCGGAGCAGGUUCUUCUCGGCAAGCAUCUCAAGUCAGAGCAGUGGAAGGACGAGUCGGGCAAGGAGAGAUGUGUCCAAGUGAUGCAGAAGACGUCCGGGCCAAGAUCGUGUCUCAUCCUCAGUAUUCCAGCCUUAUCGGAGCCUAUAUCGACUGUCAAAAGGUGGGAGCGCCGCCGGAUGUGGUGGAACGGCUGUCGGCCAUAGCUCGGGAGCUCCAGUCGCGCUGCACCCGCCGUCAGGGUUCUUCCUCAGACCCCGAGCUCGACCAGUUCAUGGAAGCAUACUGUGAUCUGUUGGUGAAGUACCGAGAAGAGCUAACGAGGCCAUUACACGAGGCCACAGACUUCCUAAAGAGAGUCGAAUCACAGCUCAACGCGCUCACCAACACUUCAUCGCCGCGGCUCUUCUCCUUCGAACCUGCGGAUGAGAGAUGCGAAGGUGUCACAUCCUCUGAAGAAGAUCCAGACGCUAGCGGUGGUGGAGACAUCGAUCUUCCCUUGAUCGAUUCGCAUGGUGAGGAUAAAGAGCUGAAGCACCACCUUCUAAAGUACGGUGGGUACUUGGGCAGUCUCAGGCAGGAGCUAUCCAAGAAGAAGAAGAAAGGAAAACUGCCAAAGGAAGCCCGGCAAAAACUACUCAACUGGUGGGAGCUGCACUGCAAGUGGCCAUAUCCAUCGGAAACAGAAAAGGUGGCCCUGGCUGAAUCAACAGGCCUCGAUCCGAAGCAAAUCAAUAAUUGGUUCAUAAACCAAAGGAAACGGCAUUGGAAACCAUCGGAGGACAUGCAGUUCGUCGUGAUGGAUAGCUUCCAUCCGCAGAAUGCUGCCGCCUUAUACAUGGAAGGACAGUUCAUGGUUGACGGCCUUUACCGCACCGGUCCAUAAUUUCCGGAUGCCUACUUGAAGAGUUCUUCUGCACACAUAACCAUCGCAUCGUCAUUAGAUUAUCAUUAAGUUCCUCGAUGUUGUUUAGUUCGCCAUAAAAAUAUCAUGAUUAAACUGUUUGUAUUUGUAACUAUAGUUCGUCCCAUGGUGUCUCGAUACCUGAAGUUGUUCUUAUUUCAUGUUGCAUCAUAGAUGUUGGAGCUAUUUCUGGUUCAUAUUUUCGGUGUUUCUGCA